AUGGUCGGCGUUGUCUUUGUCACUGUCUUCCUUGUGGUACCAUCGUCGCCGUCUAGAGUUAUCGCCCUUGCGGCUCAGACCAUGCAGGGCCAAUCUGGUGCGAGCGGUUCGGGUGAACACCCUCAAUACGAGGAGCUCUUAUAUUAUACUCCUCUAAUACAGCAGCCGACUAUAGCCGCUGUCCCGUCUCCCGUCUUUCACGGCACCUACGAGGCCUCUCUUGUCAUCGCUGCUGUCACCGGAAGUAUGGACGUUGUCGCUCCAUCACGCAAGUGGAAGAAAGAGAGAGAAGUGAGGCUGAGCCCGGCCCCGUAUGCGAUGAGGUCAGCGGGGGCACGUACGUCGCCGGAGCGAGACUCGGGCUACUCGCGGGAGGGCCUGGGGACGGGGCGGCCGGAGAGCGUAGAGCCUGUGAGAGUAUUCCUGAAGAAAAUAAGGGACGAUUGGCCCGCCGCGACGCGCGAGGCGUCGACGACGAGGGAGACGCCUGAGUGGACCGACACCCCGCGAGGCCGAAAAUUUCGAACCCCGAGCGUGCCCGGUCCCGCACUUCCAGCCCCCAACUCUCCCCAACGGCAGACAGUCGCGAGAUAG